CUCCGGGUCCCCCACCUGGUCGGGGUGGGGCAGAGCUGGGGGAAAGUUGCUUACAGGGCAGCGAUGGGCUCGCGGUCCCCACCGGCCGGCAGUGGCGGGGAGCUCUGGCCUUGCUUCCUGGAGGCUGGCCAGGACUCCGAGUGGCCCUGUGGCAGCCCAGUGGGGCAGGGCUGGGGAAAGGGCUGCCCCUGGUUUGGACUUGCCAGGUGCCCUGCCCGUUGCUGCUCCCUGAUGGUCCCCACCCUGGCCUGAGACCCCAGGAGGGGCUUGAGCAGGCCCUGCCGUCCCUGGGAGGUUUCCCCCGGGGCAGGGACUGAGGUGUGGGGACACUGAGCCUGGUCGCACGGGUCGAGUGCCCUCCCUGACCCCCGUAGCCUGAGACUGCCAGGGGCCACGCAGCCAUCCCAGCCGGGCCCAACGCCUGGGGCAGUGGGCAGCUCACUGGCAUGGCGGCUGGACCACUUCCCGGCCACCUGCCCCUGCUACUGGGUUUCCCUGAGAUCUCGGUCCUCCAAGCUCCUGUUUCCUCUGAGGGUGGCACUUCCUCUUUUCUGAGCUUGGCACAGCUUGAAAUGAGAGCCAGGGUCCCCCAAGGAUGGCGCUCCUGGUGAAAUUGCUUUAUCAGACAUUGCUACCCGUGUUUGCUCCAUUUUCUACCCCCCAAGAUGACCAGCUGGUGUCCGAGCAGUUUUCCCAGACCCCGCAGAGGCUGUCCUUCUACAGCUGGUACGGCAGCGCCAGGCUCUUCUGCUUCCACGUGCCCCCGGACACCGUCCUGCUGCGGUGGCUGCUGCAGGCGUCCAGGGGCGGCAGCCCCCCGUGCCGGGACGUGGAGAUCACGGUGCACUUCCGCCACGGCGCCCCCCCGGUCAUCAACCCCCUGGGCACCAGCUUCCCUGCCAACACCUCCGUGCCGCCCUCCUUCCACGUCAGAAUGCAGCUGAGCGCCAUGCUGCAGCACAACGUCUCCGUCAACAUCUCCCACCCUGCACCCGGGGACUGGUUUGUGGCUGCCCACCUGCCCCCAUCCUCCCAGAAGAUCGAGGUCAAGGACUUCAUUCCCACCUGUGCCUACAUCUUCCAGCCAGACAUGUUGGUUUUGCGGGUGGCUGAGGUUUCCAUCCUGGAGCCUGGCGUGGCCCUCCCGCAGACCCUCUUCCUCUCUCGCCCCAGCUACCUCAAAGUCUUCGUCCCCGAGUACACACAGGAGCUGUGGCUGGAGCUGCAGGGCUGUGCCGCCAAGGAGAGCCGGGGGUGCCCGGUGCGCCUCACCGUGGGCUCGGCCACCCUGCCCAGUGGCUCCCAGAAGGUGCUCAGCUGUGCUGACCACCCCGGGCCCUGCGUCCUGUGGCUGCCCUCCCCACCCUGGGACCGGUGGCUGCAAGUGAUGGCCGAGAGCCUGGUGGAGUCCCACGUCCCUGUGGCCUUCAGCGCCGUGGCUACCCUCAGAGCCUGCAGGCCCUGGAGCGCGAGAGGCCCACAUGUCCCGCCCGGCUGCGGGAGCCCGAGCUGCAACACCUCUGCCGGCAUCUCCUGCCUCCUGAGCUACCCCGUCGUCCGGGAGGACACAGAUGUGACGUCAGCGCGCUUCCGGCCCCUGGACAGGGUGGCAGUGGCUGUGCAGCCCGGCCUGCCCACCGUCCUGCGUCUGCGCCUCAGCCUGGGCACGGACAGCGGGGGGUCCCUCACCAUCUCCCUGAGGGCCAACAAGACCUUGGUGAGGGACAGCGCCUCGGUGGUGGCCUGCGUGAAUGCCGCCUCGCCCUUCCUCGACUUCAACACCUCUCACAGCUGCGCCACAGCCUUCUUCCAGGGCUUCCCGCUGUCCCUGAGCGCCUCAUCCCGGAAGGCCAACCUCAUUGUCCCCUUCCCGGAGACCGACAGCUGGUACCUGUCCCUGCAGCUUGUGUGCACCGAGGGUCCCACGGCGUGUGAGCAGGCCGUGGUCCUGGUGGAGACGCUGCUGCACCUGGUACCGUGCGUGAACGACUGCGGGCCCUACGGCCAGUGCCUCCUGCUGCGCAGGCACGGCUACCUCUACGCCAGCUGCAGCUGCAAGGCGGGCUGGCGCGGCUGGAGCUGCACGGACAACAGCACGGCGCAGACACUGGCGCAGCAGCGGGCGGCCGCGCUCCUGCUCACCCUCAGCAACCUCGCCUUCCUGGCCCCCAUCGUCGUCUCCCUCCGCCGCUCGCUCCCGGUCGAGGCCUCCGUCUUCGCCUACACCAUGUUCUUCUCCACGUUCUACCACGCCUGUGACCAGCCCGGGGAAGCCGUGCUGUGCAUCCUCAGCUACGACACGCUGCAGUACUGCGACUUCCUGGGCUCCGUGGUGGCCAUCUGGGUGACCCUGCUCUGCAUGGCGCGGCUGAAGGCCAUCCUGAAAUACGUCCUGUUUGUCCUCGGCACGCUGGUCAUCGCCAUGUCGCUGCAGCUGGACCGCCGGGCUGCCUGGAACAUGAUGGGGCCCUGCCUGGGUGCCCUCCUGGUCAUGGUCGCCAUGUGGGUGUACCGCUGCGGACGCCGGCGCCGCUGCUACCCCAGCUCCUGGCAGCGCUGGACCUUCUUUCUCCUGCCGGGGAUGUCCAUGGCCGCCGUGGCCAUCGCCAUCUACGCCUUCAUGAUGACCAGCGACAACUACUUCUACACCCACAGCCUCUGGCACAUGCUGCUGGCUGGGAGCGCCGCCUGCCUGCUGCCCCCACGCGAGCAGCACGCCGAGCCCCUGGCCUGCACGCAGAGGCUCACCUGCCACUACCAGCUCUGCCGGGACAGCCGCGAGGAGCUGUACGCCGUGACCUGAUGGCCUGCAGGGCCAGGCGCUGUCCGCACCGCCGGCCAGUGAAUAAAGUUGUCCUGAGCACCUCCCUGCUCCCUGGCUCCCUCUGGCCGGCCCUGCGUCCGCAGCACUCCUGGACCCGGGGGAG